GGGACACUUUCUCUCAACAUGAUAAUUGCUACAACCGCCAUGGGCUCACUGAAAUCACCUGGACUGUCCCUUCUGCUGUUGUCUUUUCUUCUUUACGUAGCUGAUUCCUAUCCCAACAUUGACUUAUCAAACAUGGGCUGUGAAGAAUGCACGUUGAGGAAGAACAAUCUUUUCUCAAGGGAACGUCCGGUUUACCAGUGCAUGGGCUGCUGCUUCUCCAGAGCGUACCCAACACCUCUCAGAGCCAUGAAGACAAUGAAUAUCCCAAAAAACAUCACCUCAGAGGCGACGUGCUGCGUCGCAAGGCACAGCCACGAGAUCCCGAUAGCUGGCAUUACGGUGAGAAACCACACAGACUGCCAUUGCAGCACCUGUUACUUUCAUAAGAUAUGA